GGAUAUCUACGUGCGCCUAGCAGGAGGUUACAUGUCAUAUCCCAGCACUUGGAUUUAUUCGGGUUUCAGUCAAAGAUUGGGGGAACAAGGCAAAAUAAACUGGAAUAUUCAUUCGGGAAAUUCGAAAUAUUGAAAAGAAUUUUAAUACUAAAUUACCACACUUUGGCUUGGUGAUGAACGGCAACUCACCAGCAUCCAGUGCUUUGGCUCCCGUCAACAAUUCUGGAGGUCCAACGACUCCCCGCAAGGGACCCCCCAAGUUCAAGCAAAGGGCAACUCGUCAGUUCAAGAGCAAGCCGCCUAAAAAAGGAGUAAAAGGGUUUGGAGAUGACAUCCCAGGGAUGGAAGGACUAGGAACUGAUAUCACUGUGAUCUGCCCUUGGGAGGCGUUCAAUCACUUGGAGCUCCAUGAACUUGCUCAGUUUGGAAUCAUUUAACUUCUGCAGCAGCCAUACCCAUCCACAGUUUCACUGGUUUAUCAUCAGACUGUUCUCAUUCUCUUGUUAAAAAACACAUAUUACCUGGAAAUAUGUUAUUGCUUUAAGUUCAAUUUUGGUCAUGUUCUUUAACCAACCUCAGUUUAAGACAUAAACCUUCAACAUGUGGCUCCCCUGCUACCACUGAAAAGCCAUAGGUUAAAGAUCACUGAUUUAAGGGCGCUGGCAUUCUGAAUCAUUGGGCUGUUUGUUAAAGGCUGUUUACUUCCCAUAGUUUUAUAAAAGGAUGUCAGUUAUGUCUCUAACAGUAUAAAACAGGGGUGUGCAGAUCCAUAAAUCAAAAUUGCAAAGAGACACAUUAUAACUAUUAUAAUACAUUUGAAUUAUUAUUAAUUAAUGUUAUAAUUAUGUAGAAUUUUUUAUUCAAAGGGUUAGUUAAAGGCCCACAACAAGGGUUCUAACAAACUAUACUAAAAAUAGUAAAGAAAGUUAAAGAAAGCAAAGACACCAUUCUUGAGAACCUACAACUUUACAGAGGGGACAAGGAGAUUUGGGAUUGUUAACAGCCACUGGAGGACGUACAAUGAUGGAAAUGAUAGUAUAAUAAGAUUUACAGAGCUGCAGGUUGACUGUAGGGAAAAGUGGUGUGAGUACACAUUAUCUUAUGUUAUGCUACACAGCCAAUUACAAAAUAAAUUGCGAUUAUGUCAUUAUAUCAUGAUACACAGCCACUAAGAAGGGCUGUCUGAAUCUUGCAUUAUUUUUCUUUAUUGUUUUUUUUUAUUGGCUUAUUAAAGUUUCCUUGAUUAUGACAAAAAUGUAAAUUGAAGAGACCAGCAGGUGUUUGUUUUUAGCAAUGAGUUUUGUUAUGGGUUGUCAUGUUCUCUACCUGUUUCAUUCUAAUUAUUAAAGUUAUUUUGUCUUUUGUUCAUGACGGUAAAUACAGUAGCCGUAUAAACACAGACGUUGAAAUAAUUUAUUACAUAAAAGAUUGUCAUCAUAAUUGUCCCUACAUUGGAAUUUAUUUGUUUUACUGACAAGUGGCAUUCAACUUCCUUAGGCAUCUAGACUCGCCAUGUUGACAGCCCAAAAAUAAAGUUUUUCAGUCCUUUUCUCACAAUUCCAAGCCAGCACUGCACUACUGUAGGGCAUUGGGCCAUUUCACAGUUGAUUCCCAUGCCAGUGUCCUGCGACUUUUCAUUACGUGGGCAACACACAUCAGGUUUUACGCUUUAUAGCAAAGCACUCUGCAAGUUACACACAAUCACUUUGGUAUUUGUAUUUGUCCAAGUCGAAUAAUGAUAUUUAUAUUCUUUAUAAGGUUAUAGCUAUCAGCUUUGCUUUUCUGUGCUUAUAUAGGGAUGCUUUAGUAAAAUAAUUAGAUGGACCAUUUUUUUGUUGCAUUGCCAUGUCCCUGUUACCUCAUCUGUUUCUAGUUGGGUUAAGCGUUUCACCAGGUGGAUAUUUAUAUUUCCUUAAAACAGAAAAAUAAAAGGUGCUCCAGAAUAUCAAUAAAAACCUGGGGGUUUUAUUCAAAGAGUUUAUCGUGUCAUUUGGAACAACAAGCCUAAAAUGUACAGGAUCAACUGUAAGCAUUAAAUGUAAGGAAAUGCAUUGGUCUUGAAUCUGACAGUUAGGUGGUUAUUUAUCAAAGUCUGAAUUCAUCUCAAUAUUUUCUGAAAAAAACUCUGACCAAAUCCGCACGGGUUUUUUGGGCUUAUUUAUUAAUACACUUUCCCGAAAAUUUGGUUUGCGGGAAAAAAUCGUGAAAAAUCAGAUUUACAUGAUUUUUUCGGAUCUUUCAUCUGAUUUUCACGAUUUUUUCAGAGCUUUCAUUUGAUUUACAAGAUUUUUUCGAAUUUUUCACCCGAAAACUCUGAAUUUUGCCCGAAAACUCAGAAAACUGCGGGGUAUUGCCAAAAACAAUACUGAAAUUCUGAAAUUAAGCAGGUAUCAUAUAAAGCUUUGCAUUCAAAAAAGUGUUUUAUGUAGCAGUGUACCUUGGGCUAAUAGAAGCAGCUGGAAAUGUAUUGUUUGUGCAUUAUAUUGUUCUGUUUAUUUAAAAUUGAUUAAAGUCUCUUUAAUUAAUAGGCAA